CGCGGCGGGCCCCUGCAGUCUCCACCUGGCUGGGCACGUGAUGGGUCGUCCGCGAGCGUCGCUGCUGCUGGCGGCUGCCCUCUGCGUCUGCGCCGCGCUCUGCUCACAAGGAUGGGCGCUGCGCUGCUACUACUGCAACUCCAAGGGAAACGCCAGCUGCGGGGACCCGUUCUCCCCUGAGCUGGCCAAUCUCGUCAACUGCUCUCGCCCUGAGCAGCUCUGCGGCAAGAUCACACACGUCGCUGACCGCGGGGCCGACGUGGAGCGGCGCUGCGUCUCCGGAGGCGGGUCCGCAUCGUGGGCCAGCGGCCACGUGUACACGUGCGGGCACGACGCGUGUAACGGGACGGGCCGCCUCGGCCCAGCUGCAGUUACUGCUGCCGGCGCCCGCGCCGUGCUGUCGCUCGCUGUCUUCGCCGCCGUGGGCCGUGCCUUGUGACUGCUUCGCGCCCGCCAGCCGGCUACUGAUAAGCAGCCGAAACCGCCGUAGUGGAUAGCGACCAGCCAAAGUGGUGGCGGUUCAGUUUCAGAUUGCAGUGCUACACAUCUGGCGGGAGCGCCACUGUAGUCUCAGGCUAGACAGUUAUCUCGGACAUAGGCCAGAAAAGCGCCAGCGAAAUGAUUUCCUCAAUAUGCCCACUUACUUUAGAAACGACGAAUUUGCAAGGUUGAGUUACGAAUCAGUCAUAAGUAAGCUAAAUACCCUACACGAGGUGCAUCACAAAUGAGACAACGCAGAUGCACAAUCUCGUUUCAGUGAGUAUGCCCACGAGCAGUUUAAAUAGGAGAGGGUACUGACAAAACUAUCCGAUGUACGAACAUGAACUUGACAAGAGAGACUGCGGAUUUGCAAAAAGAUAAAAAGGGACGUUUUGACUUAAACCAUAAAGAAAAGGACGAAACAGUUCAAUUCGCGUCCUAUUCUCCGGCCUAGUGGUGUUUACAGCUUCGUUUCUGUCCGUAACCAGUCUGCUCUCCAUUUGUCCAGUUACACACUUACUAAUGCUGACGUGGCAGCACAUACUGUUUUAAUGGCAUCCGAAAAAUAAAGGGAGAAACAGCAUCCCCAUACGACCGUGCUGUUCGCUCCUUCCCUGUGUCUGCCAUGAAAGUUGCAACUUCUCUGUGGGGCUGCUCUCUAAUGAAAGUCUAUUAACAGGAAGGAAAAAACACUUUUUUUAAUAUUGUUAAUACACUGUUGUAGAUAAAUUGGAUAUACUCUGAAAAGGUUUCUCUCGGGUAUGUCCAAACAAUCGUCUUUCAUAAUUAGAUUGUUUCACCGUUUACAUAACUCUGAAAGUUGCCUUGUAAACUGCCAUCGGUCGAGUUCAGUCAUCAUUGCUCGUCUGAAAGUGGAUUUCCCUCGUAUGCUACAAUACUCUAACCCAGUUAUUCACACGUAAAUAGCUCUAAUUUUCAUGCAGUAUCCAAGAGGGACGGUACUACGAAAAACGGUUAAUUUGUACGACUGUUACUAAGUCAUCCUGAAACUCCAAUCCACUACUGAUCAGAAUGAAUAUUUCAGAAACGCUUACCCACCAAAGGCCGUGGAGAGAUUUCGAGACUCUCUCUUGCCAUACCCACGUCUUCCUCUCUAGUGGUUCACAGGAGUAUAUUUCGUUCAGGAGCGCGCACGACAUAGGGAAGCUGUGAACGUACAGUGCAUGCAUCUGCAUGAAAUAACCAUACUCAUAAAAACCGAUAACUGCUUUCCUAUCGCGUAAUUUGCAGUGACCCAACAAUUUUCAAAUGGAAAGGGAACUUACUGUGAGUAAAACACAGUAAAAAGUAUCACCAUAUCUUGCAAGGUAAGUUGAACAGAAAAUUAUUAAAGACGUAACGCCACCGUCUGAGAGUCGUGAAAGGAUUCUUCAACUGUUAACUGCGCCUGAAAAAUUUGCGAUAGAAUAAUCAAAAGUAUACUACAUCUCCAAUGCCCUUGAGUAUAUUAAAAUUUUCAAAUAGUAUGGCAAAACCUGAAGCUUAAAACGUACACACAUUCUACAUAAUUUUCAGUAGCAUUAGUUUUUACAGAAACUGUUCAUAAGUAUUGUAAAUAUAGAAUAAUGAAUCUAAUGAAGACAUAUGUUAUGUACGAUUACGGGUUUAUGUCAAAUUGAAAAUUUCUGUCUCUGCUUCUUGCCAUUCAUAAAAAAAUAUCGUAAAACGUGCAAUAGCUUGAAAAAUAUUUUACUUUACCUUUUUGAAAAUUUAUCAAAUGCCAUAAUUCUUCAUAUAAUAUAAAGUAGUGAUAGUGAAGUUAUUACACAAAGAAUUAUUAUUCCUUUCGAAUGACAGAGCAAUGACUGUGACGUCGUGUGGCUGUGCUGAGUACGGUCAGUACGAGCGAGUGCUGGCUCUCACAAUCAGAACAAUUCGUCGCUGCAGACGGAAACCUUACUACAUUAGCUAGAGACGAAGGGAAGGACAUAGUUGCUUCUCCACAAAAUGUAUUUCGUAUAUAGACGCAUCAUCUAAUGAUUUACUCCAAACUAUUUGUAAUAUGUUCUCGGAAGACAGCUUUCGGAAGGAAUUAGGAAGAACGUAUUUUAAACAUACCUGUGCCUUUUCCAAUUCAAAUAAAAGUUAAAUUAAGUGUAUAAA